AUGAAAAGAGCUCGUUUGUAUUAUGUGAUUAUAAAACGAUAUUUUAAUACAUCUGUAAAGAAAGGAAAUAUAAAUAAAGAAUUAGAUGUAUCAAAAUAUAUAAAAACAUGGAAUAUUUGUAAUUAUAAUUUUAUUAUUUAUGGUCUUAUGCAUGGUCAAAUAUAUGGUAAUAUUUCAAGUGGGCAGGAUUGCUGUAACUUGAUUCAGAAUAUAAAAAUGGAUUACAUAUUAUUAGAAUUAUGUAAAGAAAGAUUAAAUAAAAUAUAUAGUGAUAUAUUUUUAUAUUCUAAACAUGGAAAUAAUAUUAUAAAAGAUAAAUAUCAAAACGUAAAUAUAAAUCAUAAUAUACAUAAUUAUAUGUAUAACAAAACAAACGAUUCAUAUAAUAAUAAUACAUAUAAUAAUAAUAUAUAUAAUAAUAAUAUAUAUAAUAAUGGUUAUAAUAAAUUUUCUUAUUUACCUAGGAUACAUAAUGGUUUUCUUAAAAAUGAAUUUAUUCCUAUAAUCGAAGAAUGUUUAAAAAAUAAAUUAAAUAUUUUUUUAUGUGAUAGAGAUAUACAUAUAAUAAAAAAUAGACUAGAUUCUAAAUUAUUAUAUGAUACAAAAUCUUAUAGAAACUUCUUUACAUAUUGCACUGAAUCAAUAGCUUUAAGACAUUAUUCAUAUAAUGAAUUUAUUAAGUUAUAUAAAAAUUAUUAUAUAUCAACAGAAAAUAAUGAUGAAAUUACUAAUACGCAAAAUGAUUUAGAUUUAAAUGAAACACUUAAUAAUGAUCAACUUAUAAAUUAUAUUAUGAAGAAAAAAAAAAUAGAUAUUCAUCCUAAUAUAAUAUAUGACAAUAAUAAAGAAACUUCUAUAUAUCAUGAUAUUUCUAAAAAAUUAAAUAUUCUACCCUUAUUAAAUGAAAGAUUAAAAUAUAUUUCAAAACCAACAUAUGAUAUAUUAAUAGAAGAAAAAUAUAAAUAUAUGGUACAUAAUAUCUGGUGUUUUCUAUUAAAUAAUGAAAAAAAUAUAUUUCAAAAUAACACACAUACACAAAAAAAUAUACUCAUUGUAUGUUCUUCUAAUAUUAUUCAACAAGUUUAUAACGAAUUACAAGAAGUAUAUCUAAUGUUAUAUAAUAAAUAUAAAAAUAAUAUAUCAUCCUAUCAAAUAAAUAAUACAAAUAUUAAAAAUUUAUCUAACAAACAAAAUAUUAAACAUAUAGUAGAACCUAUAGUAAAACCUAUAGUUUUUGAAAAUAUAUAUAGUUCUUAUAAUGAUUAUAUAAAACCACAUUGGCCUCUUAUACUUUUAAAAUAUUAUAUUUUACCUUAUCUCAUUUUAUAUUUUAUAUUAAAUACAUUAUAUAAUCUUAUGGCAUGGAUAUAUAAAUCGAAUAUGCAAAAUACUCACAUCUCCUCACAAAAAAUUAUAAAGGUUACCAUAUGA